AGGUUGGCGGAGAAAGAAAGUCAGUCUGCCGUCUGUGAGUCAGUCAGUAGUUGUGUCGUUCGUGUGAGUGACCUUUAGUGCUUUUCUUCCAUCCGCCCUGCCUGCUUUGGAUAUUUAAUCAUUCCUCAAACUCUGGAUUUUGGACAGAGUGCGUUGGGAAUCAGGAGCAAGAGGAUGUCCCGAUAGGCGGAACGGCGCCGAUAGUCUGUCAGGCAGCAGCGGGGCCGUCAAGAUGUGCGACGAGUUUGAUGAGGUGCCCGGCGUGAUGGGCGGCGCAUUGAAGGAGGUGAAGAAGUCGUCGUACUACGUGUGGUUCCUGGGCGCGCAGGAGGCCAAGGGUCUGCGCGGCGAGGAGUACGUGCGUCCGAUCGUGCGCAGCCUGGUGCAGAAGGAGCGCGAGGUGGAGCCGUUCAAGGUGACGCUGCAGGUCAGCGCCAAGGGGCUGAAGAUCGUGCAGAACGUGCCAGGGUGCAAGGAUCUGCUGAAGCACUUCAUCCCGCACCACGCGGUCACGUGCGUGGUGCAGGAGGCGCCGCCGAACGACGACAUCGUCUCUUGCAUCCUGCUCAUCUACAACCCGAACACCAGGUGUCCGGUGCACGUGCACUGCUACCGCUGCGACUCGGUCGAGACGGCGGCCGUUCUUCGCGCGCAGCUCGAGACGCUGAUCGAGCGGCCGGACAACCAGAAAAAGUUCACGGAAAUCGAAACCAGGCUGCAGGCCAAGGGGCUGCUCGGUCGGCGGGCGCCGCCCGGCGGCUCCGACGGCCGCAGCAGCAGCGCCAGGGAGUCCGAGUCGUCCGGUUCGUCGUCCGGCGGCGACGGACAGACUCGGCCCGGCUCGCUCUACGACUCGCUGGCCGCCGAGCUGCGCGAGAAGCUGCACGGCAUCAAGGGACCGUUGCUGCUGCCACCCCGUGACUACGACACGGUGCACCGCGCCAGGGGCAACCUGACCGGCAUCGAGCUGCGCAGGUGCCGCAACGCCGCCAUCGUCGGCGCCGCCGAACAGGCCAGCCCGCCCGUGUCCAGCGGCGGCUCCAGCGGAAUCGGCUCCGACGACGCGCCUCCAAGCCCCAAGGAGUACCGCGUCAAGAAGAUCGAGCAGCCGCCGCGCAGGACCCACCUGCGCAAGACCACGGCCGCCUACCCGCCAGAGCCGCACACCUCCGAGGAGGAAGACGAGUGGCGCAGUCCGCCGAGCUGGUCGCCGCCGAGGGUGGCGGCGGCGCCGCCAGCCCCCGACCUGUCACUGCCGCGGCCGCGACGUGUGCACCAGCCGCAGCCGCUCGACGAGCCGGCCAUCAAGCCACACAGGGUGCCCAGCUUCGUGGACAAGCAGGAGGCCCCCCGCAGGCGAAACAGAGACCCUGAGCUCAGGCAGCGCUCGCCCUCACCCUUGUCCCCCAGGGAGAGGUUUCAGGACGCAAAAGAAAAGUUCCAUCGGAUGGAGCGAGAAAAGAUCGACGAAUUGCAGUUGCGGCUGGAGCGGCGGCGGCAAGAGACUGCGGCGGCCAACGUCGCGGCCGCCAUGUCGUCGGGCCGGGCGCCGCCCACGGAGGCCAGAGGCCAGUUCCGGGCCGUGCCGGUGCGCAACUUGUCCGACGACGAGCUGGACGACGAGGAGGGCUUCGAGCCGGUGCUGAUUCCGCUCAAGGAGACCGAGGAGCAACGCCGCCGCACCUCGCACGAGCUGGCGAAAGAGUUCAACAACAAACGACGCUCGUACCACCAGCUCUCCACCCCGUCCAGUGGCUACCACGAACUCGCUGAGCACGAGAGGUUCCCCGGCCUCGACAGGCAGACGGCCAGGCUCAACCACCACUUCCAGGAGCGGUAUAGGCACAGCUAUGCAGAGCCCGAGUAUUUCAACCGGCAGCAGGGGAUGCGAAGGUACACGCCGAACGGGGCGCCUCCCCUGUCGAACAGGCUGGCCGGCAUCCAUCCGUACUGAUGUCGAAACGUGUGGGGCAAUGGGAGUUUUGUUAAGUUCGUGCGAGAGUGAAUCUGCGAUCCGGAGAAAACGACUCUUUUGCUAAUUUUUAUAAUUUAAAAAUUACAAAGGCUCGUUUUCUCCUAGCGGUUUUUAGAGCAAUUUGUCUCGAUCAUUAUUGGGGGCUUUUCCUUUUUUAAAAUGUCACGGACUGUGCCUGGAGUUUUGGUCAAAACUUUUGGCUCCAGUCUGACGCAAGUGCGGAAUUCACGGACCUUUUGACGGAUUUUGGGGAAAAUCUCGACAAAGAACACGUCUAAACUAUUGCUCAGCGAAAAGGAAAUGCCGAUUUUGAUUGGGAAAAUUGCGAUAUUUUUUUAUUAUCUGCUUCAGAAGUGUGUGGGAGAUGUGAGAUGAACUCGAAUCGUGUGUAUAAUAAGUGAAAACAAAGUCCCAGCAGUGCAGCUGGAUUGCCAUAAAAAUUUUACUGUCUGCGCGCGAGUAAAGAAUAAAAGAGGACCGUUCUGUGUCUGUAUUAUCAACUAACAAAAGUUUACUGUUAAAAACGCAUUGUAACAAUCCUUUCGUGAGACGCGAUAUUAUCCUCGAAAAUUGACGAAAAAAAAUUAUAAUUAAAUAAAACGGUAAAAUCCUUUCGAUUUCUCGGAGAUCGUUAACGUCGUGUCCGAAAUGAAGUUCUCAUGUGAUCAAGAGUCAUUUAUUGUGUACUUUAUUGUCUGUGUUGUGUGGCUCAUUCCCAAUCCCUGAUGUGACAGCUAGAGGAAUCACCGCAAUAAAGCAUAAUUUUUAAUCCAAACA